CUGCACAUUGAUAUUUUCAGCGAGCAAGUCUUUUGCUAAUUUGGACGCCGACUGCUUUGUGCUCGUGAUAAGUUCUCACGGACGUGAGGAGCCGGUCUUCGAUAGCUCUCUGCAAGGUGGAUCGUACAUGUACCUACCUAAAGAUUCAACAGUUUGGCGUCAUGCUAUAUUGGGUAGUGAUAACGAACUUAUUUUCGUGGACGAAAUCCUGAAAAUAUUUGACGAUCAAGAAAAUAAAGACAGUUAUUUGAAAGGGAAACCAAAGUUAUUUUUCCUUCAGGCAUGCAGGUCAGGUCAUUUGUCGUACAAAAAUGGGAUUUUGGGAUCAUAUGAUACAGGUACCAAUGUUAAAGUGUCUAUCUCGGAUACCAAUCUUACAAACAUACAACCCUCAGAUGCCGGUUACCAUGACGAAGAUUUUAUAGAGCUGGUUAACUCAGUGGCAGGAAUAAAAUUAAGCCAAGAGGCUGAGAAUGCAACUGAUGGUAUGCCUGUUGAGGGACGGGUGACGUACGAUUAUCUGAAAAGUCCGGUUGUUGAAACAGACCCUAAUCCUUGUCCGCCAAGACUACAACUCACAAAACAGUCUGCCUAUGAUAUUGUACCAGUGCCGUGCCCUGAUGAUUGCCUUAUUAUGUAUCCAACUGUACCUGGCAAGGUUGCUUAUCGUAUAAAUCAGACCGGAUCUUAUAUGCUGAGCUACAUGUUUCACCAUGUACACCGGAACAAACUUCUACGGGGAUGUGACAUUCUUCAGUAUCUGACGUCGGUCAAUAAUGCUAUGGCGAGCACAGAAAUAUACUUCGAUCCCUCAGCAAUCACAGUAGUACCUGAGGAAAUAAAGAUGCUACAAGAAAGUCUGCCGUUCAAGGUGACCGCUUGUAUUGUACACAGACUUACAAAGACUUUGAGAUUUCAGCCAAGGUCUACAAACUCUGUGUGGCAAGAACUUAAUGCUCGUAGAACAUUUUAAAGCUCGUAAAACAUUUUUUAGCGCGUAAAACAUUUUGAAGCGCGUAAAACAUUUUGAAGUGUGUACACCAUUUUGAAGUGUGUAAAA